AUGGCAGCAUCGGCAACAGCUGGAGUGGUUUUCGCCAACACCCGAAGUCUAUGCUUUCGCAAAGCGGAGUCUUCCAAGAGAUUGCUGCAGCCUUUUAGGGCCGAAGCAGUUUCGGAUAUCGGGUUCGUUACCAGUCAGCUGGGUGGCAUCAAAAUCUCCUACGACAUGUCGUCUCAGCUGCCCAAGUCCAUCUCCACCUCUUCCCCACCUACCUUUCAGCCCAUUGUUGCCCGUAGAAUUUGUCCUUUCACUGGGAAGAAAUCAAAUAGGGCAAACAAGAUUUCCUUCUCGGCUCACAAGACCAAAAAGUUGCAGUUUGUGAACCUACAAUACAAGAGGGUUUGGUGGGAAGCUGGAAAGCGCUUUCUUAAACUGCGUUUGUCAACUAAAGCAUUGAAAACCAUAGAGAAAAAUGGAAUUGAUGCCGUUGCCAAGAAGGCCGGGAUAGAUCUUCGCAAGUUAUGA